AUGUGUAGUUAUUUGUUAUUAUGCAUUACAAUCACUAUUUCUUUCGUGAACGCUCAAAAACAAGAAGGCUAUAAACUCGAUCCACUAACAUCGUACGUAAUUCUUGCACCGAAUCGCAUCAGAGCGAAUGAACUUGUACAAAUAAGUGUAUCCAUAUUUGAAUUACUCUAUGAACAGCUAACAAUACGAUUGGCCAUUAAAGUUAAUUCAACUGAAAUUAUAUCUAGUCGAGAAGUAUUUAAAUCUCCUGGGACGAGAAUUAUGCAAUUAAAAGUACCCAAUUAUGCUCGAACUGGGACGUACUGGUUACAUGUUGAAGGUUCUAUUGUAUCCAAUACUUCCAUUUUAUUUUCAAAUCUUACAAAACUAACAUUUUCUGAACAAUCAGAAUCAAUCUUUAUACAUGUUAGUAAACCAAUCUACCAUCAAAGUCAAAUAGUCAGAUUUCGUGUUAUUCCAAUGCUUCCAGACUUAACUCCUGCCUAUGGUUCUCUGGUUAGUAUUGAUGUACUUGAUGCAUCAGGGAAUUUAUUUAAACGAUGGUUAAAUCCAAUGACAAAUAUUGGAGGUAUAAUUGAAUUAGAUUUUCCAUUAUCCGAUCAAGUUCAUGAAGGUGUUUGGUUAAUACGUGCUAAUCAUGAAAGAUUUUCAGCUGAAAAAACAUUUCAAGUUAAAGAAUAUUGGCGACCUUUAUGGGAUGUAAAUGUAACUCUUCCACUUAGAAUAACUGAUAAUCAACUUGGCCUUUAUGGUUUAAUAUCUGCAAAUUAUACUAGUGGAAAAGCUGUUAAAGGCAAUGCUACCGUAUUAAUUCAACUAAGGAAAUCGGGAGCUGAUCGUUGGACUAACCCACCUCGAGCUGAAUUCAGACGUUACUUAUUAGCAUUAGAUGGUAUUGGAGAUUUUCUACUACCUAUGUCUGAAAUACGUCAAGCUAUAAGUAGUUCUACAACAGAUUCUUCUUUAGCUAAUACAGAAAUUUGGGUAAAUGUAACCUAUUUUAAUUGGUGGGAAAAAACUCAUCGAACUGGUUGGGCAUUUACAAAAGUAUAUUCUUCUAAUCCAUUGAUUAAAUUUCUUGGCGGUAUGGUUCGACCUUUUAAACCUAAUAUGUAUUUCACUGUUUACUUGGUUGUUUAUAUGGCAGAUGGUAGUAUGGUAAAAUAUAGUGGAAAUCGUAAAGUUACACUCUCAUUCUAUUGUCUUGAUAAUACUUUUGAAAAACAAAUCACUCUGCCUAUAUCAGAUGAUGGUGUAAUACGUUAUACUUAUAGACCAACUGGAGAUGGUUGUAUCACUUAUAGAUUAGAAGCUAGGUACAUUGAUGAAACAGAUCGAAUUUUAUCAAAUGAUCAACAACGUUUAUUUGCUGUGAACUCUUAUUCCGGUGCAUAUUUACAGUUAUCAACAUCAACUUUUUCACCUAAAGUAAAUGAAUAUAUGGUUAUACAUGUACAAACUAAUUAUCCUACUGAUAAAAUACAUUAUGUGGUUGUUUCUAACGGAAAUAUUUUAGCAACUGAUCAAUUACGUAUGCCAAAUGCAGUUACAUCACGUACAUUUUCAAUUGCUGUAUCACGUUACAUGUUUCCAAUAUCACAUAUUGUGGCAUAUUUUAUUAAAGACAAUAGCGAAAUUGUAUCAGAUUCAUUGACAUUUUAUGCGAAUUAUACACAUUUGAAUAAUGUACAAAUGCAAGUUAAUCGUGGAAAAGAUUUAAAUCAAGACACAUUAGAAAUCAGAGGUUAUGCUAAACCUGGAUCUUAUAUAGCAUUCAGCGUAAUGCAUGCUGAUUUGUACGCUAUUGGUGGUGCUUCAUUUCUACGAGAAUAUGAUAUUGUCGAUGAAUUAAUGACAUAUGAACAACAUAGUCAAGCACCAUUGGUUCAUACAUGGUAUGAAGAUUUUAAAGAUAUUAAACGUAUCUAUUUACCGACAUCCAGUAAUGGAGCAGAUACCAAUAGUACAAUGAAUUCAUCCGGUUUAAUUAUAUUCACUGAUGCUAAUUUCACUAAAGCGAAUUUUUAUCAUACAUGUAAUGAAACUGAGAACCCUGCACGUGCCUUACCAUGCUACUCUCUUACUGGUCGAGAUUGUUAUUCAAGAAGUGAACGAUGUGAUGGGAUCAAUCAAUGUGCUACUUGGAUUGAUGAAAUGGACUGUCCAGAAAAUGAAACUAAAAAUCCCCAACCAUUACGUCUAAUAAAUACAUUUGAUAUAUUAAAUCGUCAAUGGAAUGAUGGUGCUUGGUUAUGGCAUAGUACAUUUGUCAAAGCUGAUGGACAAAUUCAAUUUCGUGUUGAUCUACCAAAAAUGAAUGCUGACUGGGUAGCUGGUGCAUUUUCAGUUGACAGUGAAUUAGGUUUAGCUUUAAUGCAACAACCUUAUUUAUUUUCUGGCACAAGACGAUUUUAUAUGACAGUUGAACUACCUGAAGAAGCUGUCUGGGGUGAACAGAUCGGUGUUCGUGCUUGUCUUUUUAAUAAUUGGAACUAUUGGAUUGAGGCCUUAGUAGAAGUAAAACCAAGUCCUGAUUUACGUAUUAUUCAAGUUGGAUUAGAAGGACGUGUAUCAGCAUAUGCACCAGAAGUAUCUAUAAAUAAAGCUGUCCAAUCAUUAGCUUAUUUAGAAGCUGGUACUUCUCGUUAUAUUUAUAUGCCAGUUUCGCCGAAACUACCUGGGAAUACUUCAUUUACAAUAUGUGCAUAUAGUUUUAUCGGUUCCAAUUGUGAAACACAUACAAUAUAUGUUCGUAUGAAUGGUGUAACAAAUUACUAUCAUACUGCAAGUUUCUUAGAUUUAACAAGUUCCAGUACAUUAUUUGUAAAUAAUUUCAAAAUUAUUGUUCCACAAAAAUUUACUAUACCAGAAAGACGUCUACAUCGUUUUGUACCUGGAUCACAAAAAGCUAUUCUUAGUGUAGUUGGUGACUUUAUCGGUCCAGCUUUAAGUGAAAAAUUUCAAUAUGCUGAUACACAAAAUAUUUUACGCUACAAUAUGAAUUUGCUGCUUUAUUUACAUGGUGCUGGACACUUACCAUAUUCAGUAUUGGAAAAUGGAUUAAUUUAUUGUUCUGUUGUAUUACAAAAAGGAUUUUCAUAUUUUAAUCCGAAAAUUGGUGCAUUUUCUAAUUUUAGAGAUCGUUUAGAUGAAACUGAUCCACUAGUUACAGCCAUUGCAUUAUGGAGUUUACUAUUAACCAGGCAAACUCAAUGGAAUCGUUUAAUUUACGUAGAUGAUAAUACAUUUGUUAGUAUUAUUAAUUAUUUAAAACAAACACAACAAUUCAGUUCAUAUGAUAAUGAUAUAAAUAAUCAAACAAUAGUUGAUAUUCGAUUAUCUGGUAGUUGGAAUAUUUCUAAUGUUAUAGAUAGACGAUUUUCUCCUAUAAUUAAUAAAACUAAAUGGCCUGAUUUAAUUGAUCAAGAAUGUCAUCGUCGAAUACCAUCAACAGCUAUGGUUAUUAUUGCAUUACGUUCAACUGAACGUACUUUACCUAGUGGAGUUGGUGCAGAUAAAGCUGAAAGAAUUGUUUCUGAAGCUGUUAAAUUUCUUAGUCGACAUAUAUUAAAUGUUGAUGAUUUAUUUUCACAAAUGAUUGGUACAUAUGCUUUGAAAGUUGCUGUGGAUGCAACAUCACAACAUAAAAUAUCACAUGCAUUGAAACGAAUUGAAGCAUUUCGUCAAAAAGGUGAUUAUGUCUACUAUGCUAAUUAUAGAAUACCUCCACCAAAAUGGGAAUUAGAUCAAGCUGGUAGACGUAUUGAAAAUCCUCGUUUAGAAAUGCCUAAUGAUGGUUAUGGUGUUUUAUGUUCAAGUAUUUAUUUCUUGUUAAAACAUGAAUUAGGUGAAUGGUCAUUUCGUUCAUCUGAGGCAUUAGAUAUGGUUCAUUGGUUAGCUAGUGAACGAAAUCAUGUCGCUGGAUUUGCAAGUACUUUUGACUCACUUUUCGCAAUGCAUGCAUUAAGAAAAUUUGCAUUGGCUGAUACGAAUCGUGCUUUAUAUCGAAUGGCUAUAGAUGAGAAAAUUUCUUCAAUGAGUACAUGGACAAAUCGUAUUUAUAUAGAUACUCACAAUUAUUCAACUGUUACGCAUACAACGUUUCCAUCAGAUAAUGUAUGGGGUGAUAUUACAAUGAAAUUAGAAGGUACUGGACGUGUUCUAUUACAAUUAGAUGCAGAAGUCAAUGUAGAAUAUAAAGAAAUGCAAAAAAUGCCUAAAAAUCCAUUAGAUACAGAACAAGUAUAUAGAAGUUUUGAAAUUGAAUGUACACCUGGUUUUUUAAGUCGUAAUAAUUCUAUUAUGAUUAUGACUGCAUGUGGAAGAUGGGUUGGAACUACGGGUAUUGAACCAUUACCUCAAAGUGGGAUGGCUGUAUUCGAAAUUGGACUACCAACAGGUUUCAUAGUUUUAAAUGAUGAUCUAAGACGAUAUGUAAAUAGUCUUAUGGUUCCAAAUCUACGCUAUGCACGUGCCAAUUCUAGAUAUGUACAUUUCUUUUUCGAUACAAUUACACCGGAUAAAACAUGCGUACAGUUUACAGCUGAACGUUAUUAUCCGGUGGCGAAUAUAACGCAGCAGCACAGAUGCUCAGCUUAUGAAUAUUAUGAACCAGGUCGUUAUAAUAAUUCAUUAUAUAAUGUUGUUUCAUUAUAUACAAAUAAUAUCUGUAAUGUAUGUGGUAGUUUCGCUUGUCCAUAUUGUCCUGAUUAUAAUUUAUCUAAGAAACGUAUUAAAUUAUCAAUGUCUAUGAUUUGUUUAAUAUUUUUAAUAAGAUGGAUAUUAUUCUAUAUAUUCAAUGUUUACAAUUGA